AUGUCGUCAAUGCCAUCGCUUGAUGUAAUCAUUCAAGCAAGUAAACAACUUUAUCAAUUGAUAAUUAAAGAAUUAUCAAAACAAUCAAUUAAAAAAUUCGAUAACAAUUCAAAAACAUUUGAACAAUUAGAAAGUUGGAGACAAUCAACAUUACCUUCAAUUAUUCAUCAACGAUAUGAAACCAAUCAAACUGCAUGGAUAAAUAAAAAUGAACUUAUUUUAUUAAUGGAUUGGAAAUUAACCAAGGGGAAAUUUAGACCAACAUUACCUAAAUUAAUUAAAUCAAAUGAUGAUCAAGUUGUAAUUGACACAACUAAGGCUGGGUUUAAGAUUAUAUUAGAUUAUAUGAAUAAUAACAAAUCAAUUGAUGAUAUUCAAGAAUAUAAGAAUAUUGUUAAAUCCGCAUUAAAGAAAGUAUGUGAAUUAAGGGGUGUUGGUCCAGCUACUGGUAGUUUAAUCUUAAGUUUAUUAAUAAAGAUUAAUCCAAAAUUAUCACCACCAUUUUUUAGUGAUGAAAGUUUUAUGUAUUUAAUUGAACCAACUGGUGGUUCUAUUAAAUAUAAUGUAAAAGAAUAUAUUGAGUUAUUAAUACCGAAAUAUUAUGAAUUGACAAAAGGACUGGAUGUAUCCUUUGAUGUUAUAGAAAGAGGAAGUUGGGCAUUAUGGAUGUAUCAACAUCAUAAAAAAGAUAAAUUAUCAAAUGUACACUUCCCAGAUGAUAUUACAACAAAAGAAGUACCAGAGGAAGAAGUACCAGAAGAAGAAACACUGGAAGAAGAAGAUAAACCAAAACCAAAAAGACAAAGAAGAAGAUAA